AUGAGUUCCUACAUGUCUGGUAUUACUGCGUCAUUCGACGAAAAAUUCGCACCCCCGGCCUCAACAAAAUCGAGAAAAUCCACAGGUUUCCCACCUAUUCCAGAUGUUUCUAGUAAAAAUUCCUCCAUGAAAACUUUAAUGGAUGUCGGUAGCAUUUAGAACGAUGUAUAUAUUUUAACUGUGUAACUUGCACCAACGAAUACUCUACAUCCUGCGUCAUCUGUGCUAUGUCGGGGUUGAUCGAGAACUGCUCUUCAAGUUCGACUUUUUGAUCUCUGAUAAAAAUUCGAAACAGCAGUUGCUUCUGCCAGGCUUGACCUUUGAUAUCUUUUGCAUCUUUAACCUUUUCAUGAAGUAUUGCUUUUUUUUCUCGUACCCCUGAAUGGCCAUUUCACCUUUUCCCUCGUCAACUACUUAAUUCUAACCUGUAUUUGUUUGGCGUGGCCCGCCUGUUCGUCUUUGUCUUUAUAGUCUCAUCUAUCUCUUGUAGUAGUCGCCAAUGCCGGCAUUCCGGAGAAGAAAGCGGGAAGAAUAGUCUGUUCUUAUUCUUCCCGCCUGAACAUGUCCGUCUCCCAAACACACGAUUAUGAGUCCUGUCGUAUCGAGUCCGCGGUCCGAAACGACUACGUUUGGAAUUUGGAGGAAGUCAGAUCCACAUCGAACUCAGCUCUUGUCGAUCGUUUCAUGUACCAACGACCUUUGGCCAAAUCUGAAGGUAGUUUCUCUUUCUUUCGUCCUGUGUUCAUUUAUUUUGAUUUUUUGGUCUGCUGAAUCGGCCCUGUCUUCUUCAGUACUGGACACAUGGUCUUGGAAACAAAUUAAACGUAUUCUGGCGGGCAUCACAUCCGAUUCAACCACUCCUAAUGCUUCGCAGAGCGUCGAGUCCGAGGAUGUCUCUAUGACGUAAGUUUUACGAAGAAGGCUGACUGGUAACCUUUUGUUUAUUCAUCUGUUUGUAAGUCCAAUAAUUUUUGGGGUGACUUGUUAUUGCUUCGCCACGAUUAAGCAUAUAAGCAGCACUUAUGAAACCCUGUCAGUAUGUGGAGGGCGCAUUCGGCCAUUGCUAACUUGUGAGCAUGUUUGUUGUUUAGCAUCCUACGUCAUUUAUAACACAAGACGUGUUCCAGCCCUGCGAAUGUCUGUUUUUUCUGCAGUAGUCAGCAGUGCUCGGACGACGGUCCGAAUGGCCCUUCCUCAUCGAAGACUAUCAAACAAAUGCUGCGUCCUGCAAACGCACGUCUGCAGGCGCCAAGUUUCGUUGCCGGUCGAGUAGCCGCUUGCCCGACCUCGAGCAUGGGUGAUGCACAGCCCUCGUCUAUACGGUUGCACCCUAGCAAUGCCUGCUUGAUCGGUGCCAGAAGAGCCGGUGGCGGUGAGUUUUCCAGUGCCAUGCUCGAACUGAGUUCGUCGGUCAACUUGACCAGUUACUCGUUAUACCCUGGACAGCCGGUUGUUCUCAGGGCUACUAAUCCCACUGGUCGAUCGCUCACAGUCUUUGAUGUCUCUCUGGUAAGCGCAUUAAUUUACGGUGUUUUUCCGGUGAGACAGGCUCCUAAAAGUGCUCCGCUCUUCUUGAUCCCCUCCAUUUCUUUCUCUAUAGGCCCCGUUCCUUCCCUUUGCGAGUUGCGACCAGACUGCCUUUGGUGAGUCCAUACCUAACCAUUCAAAAUUAUAAAGGUCUAGGAACUAGGUUUCCUGUCAUACUUAAUAAUUUUCCUUUUUUUCUAGGUCAUGAUCUUCACGUGUCGAUUGCCUGUGGGCCUUUCACUACCAACUCCUCCCAUGAACACACUCCUCUGUUGGCCCUCUUGCACGAUAUAAAGGCAAAUCGACCGAGUGUGCUCAUCCUGAUAGGUCCCCUUGUCGACUCUGCACACCCUGGCCUUGCUGUGCGUUUAUUUGCCCUUGAAUACUUAUUUAUGUGUCUUCUAAAAGUUGUCUUCAGUUGUGAAACUUCCCUAGUAUGUAGCAUAUAUACUAAUACUCGGACGGGUUCCUUCAAAAUGUAGGUUCGCUGCCGUCAUCGCCGGCUUUUUUAUUGAUACAGUGGUUCUGUGUCUUUAAAACUUCCUUUGAUGCCGAUCUUCCCCAGUGGUAUUUUACAUGACUGAUUAUGGUAGGCCUAUUAUUUGCUUUAUUCUUUUGUCAGACUGCGUGCUUAAUGUGUUAUUGACGCCGUACAGGGCAAAGUCGUUGGUGCGCCUUGAGUGCCACCAUUAUUAAGAAAGACACUUGAAGAAGGGAUCUAUUGUGUACAGAACUCGGAGUUGCCGCCUCUAGUUGCUACGACCACUUUCAAGGCCAAGGCCUCUGCUGAUGGCGUGCUUGGGAGAGUGUGUCUGUGAUUAUGGCUGAUGUGACGGGUUUGCAUAAGCAGGUUUAAGUGUGUUGUAUUCAAGUGGGCCGUGGACGGCUAGCUGAAUGUGUGCACGCGUGUUGUAGUUGGUCGGACUGCAAAGCCCGCGAUCUUGAACGGCUCACAGAGAAUGUGAACAACUUUGGCCCGGUAGAUCGUUUAUCCCAGACGCCAGAUGUCACCAUUCUGUCUGUCAGUUAGUGUCGCAGUUGUAGAACCUGGUACUUCGGUUCACCUGAAGGGUACUGACUAAGGUUCAUAUUUCAGAGUCUUUCUGCUAAUGACAAGAAUGAGUCAAACACUUCUGUCCCCAUGUUUUUGUCUAUACCCCGCCUUUAAUUGGUCUACUCACCGCGCUAAUCUCUAUCCUGCAUCCAUCAUCAUAUGGGUCAGCUUCUUGGGUGUAUUAAGGAUGUGUAAACGCCGACCGGUAGUAACUUCUACUCUACUUAGCGCCUAGUCGUCACUUUUUGUGCUUAAUUAAGAAAGUUCCUCCAUCUUCCCACCCCAUCUACGGAACGGCGCUGUAACCCACCCACCAACGCAGUCAUUUGUUGGUUAUUGCUAACAUUCUUAAGCAUGCGGACUAUAUAUGCCUUCCACCUUUUAGAACCGAACCCCCAUUGCUGUUUUAGUUCGUAAGGGCAUUGCUUUACAGAAUGCUUUGCUUGAGAGUCCUUUCUGGCCGGAAUGUAAAAAUUUUCUACGUAUGUAACAAAAAUAUAGACCACUCGGAAUUUUCAACUGGACUUACAUUGCGUCGUCGUCAGCUCUUGCUUCUCAAUUUGUUUCUUGUACCCUCAAGGUUUUCGAUAUGCAAAAUCGUGUAUAAAAGCCUCAGCCAAUGGCGCCGCCACUGGCUUGUCUAAGAGUGCCAUCAUUCACGGUUGCGGAACUCGAUGAAUCGCUGCAUCACUGUAUUAAAUGGUAGAGUGACAUUCUUUCGGCUCAAAUGGACAGGUAGAAUUUGGUACAGGUUGCAUGUUUAACCAGGAAACAAUGCCCUUGGUGUAAUCCAUGCUGGAGACCGUGCAACCCCAAGUUUUAGAAAUGUACAAAGACAGAGGAAGUAGGGAGAAUACAGCCAAGCUUACGGAGAGGGCACUACACAUCAGUGGUGAGCGUCGUCUUAUCUUUCCCCCUGUGAAGCCCGGUAUAUUCAAAUCCAGUGUAAAUUCAACCAUUCACAAAUGAAGGGCAAUUCCUUUUCUAACCGUGUCAGAAGCAUUAGUCGAUCAAGCCAAGAGGCGAUCCAGUAUAAAGUGGUGGUGGCGGUGAGGAUGCGUCCCUCUAGUCCGGUCUUCCUUGCAUCCUGUCCCAUUGUUAGUCAUUCAAGUCAGCCCAGUUUUGCAACUCAUUUCAGGAGUACGCUGAAACCACCUACGAGGAGCUCUACCAGUCUCGUUUAAACACGGUAGCCGAGUGGUGUUGUCUGCUUGGUAUCCAGCUAGUUGUUGUCUCCUCCUGGCGGGAGGCCCACGGAGAUCCGGUCUAUCCGACACCGCCGCCCUCGAUUACGUGGACACGCCAGACCCCCGAACUGGUAGGUCCACCCUACCACAACUGUCUGUCGGCCUUACUUUGGCCCUGCCGCACAGCUUCUAAACUGGCUUGUUUUUGCACUUCGCGUGUUUAGACUUCGUGGUACAAAAAUGUGCUGUUCGUGUGGGACCCCUGCAUGUUGCGCAUUGGACCCUUUGUCCUUGGAAUCACCUCUCCUGACGUCCUCUUCCAAAUGAGUUCGGAGGAAAUCAGCGCCCAGUAUGUCGAAUGUUGAUAGAUUCAAUGUUGACCGUUUUUUCAUGGCGAAUGUGUCACCUUUUGUCUCUUAUCCUCGAUCCUAGGUAGAACCUGAAUUUCCUCUUUUAAAUGCCAUUACUAAGUGCCAUCUGGUGAGAUGGUCGUGUUGCCCGGCUCGGUUGUAAGCUUUUUUGUCUUCCCACUCGUUCGAACUUUGAGGAACAAGACUAUUAAAUUGUUCAGUGAAGAAGACAGAUAUUGAUAUUUCAGCCUUGACCGGUCACCCUAACACCCAGCUGAGGCGCUUCUCGAGCUGGGAAUAUAGGCAGGGCGGUAGGUAGGUGUUUGCUUUCGACUGCUUUUGCGUCCAGGCGGAACGGAGCCUCUUCAAUUUGGGCGCUAAUAUUCACAGAAAUUUGAGGUGACAUUUCGCUUAAGGACCCCCACACCAGACUCUCCAUUGGUUGCAGAUAGACUACAGAGCAGUGGGCCACUUGCGACAUAACUAUGUGUACAUGCGCUGUUCGUUCCGACUUGCCAAUAUUAACCUUGUGUACGUUCUCAUUGAUUCCUCCUCUGAAGGACGCUUGAUUACUCACGCAGUCUGACUCUCGAGCAUACCCAAUAAUGUCGACGUCCGCUGACAACCUUCCACAAGGCUACCCCGUCCCGCCGUUUCUAAUCGUUUUUUAUUCUUUUACACUACUUACCAGCGGCGUUCCUGGACAUGUCGACUACGGCUGUGUUUUCUAUGAUGACAGUGGACCUUUCUUUAUUCCAACAGCUGCUCCGGUGACCGGUUGGCUCGCCUCUGUCGACACAUACUCACCUCCGGCUCCUUCUAUCCGGUGCACCCUCCGGCUGAGGAUCUACCUCUGGACUAUCUCCUCUGGCAGGAUCACGCCCUCUUCUCCUUCUCACCUCACUGCCUGAUCCUGCCCUCUCGUCUACGUCCCUUCAUAAAGGUAGCCCACUUUUUUAUACGGCCGUGCAAUAUGCGGCUUCCUUUGACCCAACUGUGAUAAACUCGGUGGGAUCCGAACCCACGACAGCAAGGGCAAGGCUUGAAUGCAGCCAACCCUCUAGCCACCUGGCCUACGAGACUCCGACCAAGAGCCGUGAAUUUAAUCAUAUCUGGGUCAAUUUGCCCUCCCAGCCUAUUGCAACGAAUAGAAUCACCAAAUAUGACGCAGUAAGCUUACCGUCCAAGCAAUAAAUUUAGAAUACGCCAGGAUGACUACCAGGCUCAGUUGCGUAAUUGGUGUUUUUAGGCUGGACGGGUAAAUUAACCCAAACGUGAUUAAAUUCAAGGCUCCUGGUGAAGCCUCGUAGCUCGGAUGGUUAGGGCGUUGGCUGUACUCAAACCUUGCCCCUGCUGUCAUGGACUCGAAUCCAAUCGAGACGGCCAAGUUUUUCACAUUUGAGUCAGAAUAAAUCAUCAAAAUCUGCCAAAAAAGACAAAUUAGUCGGGCCUGAUAUUUAUUCUGGUGGAUCCUAUAUGAAUUACUUAGGUGAUCCUGUUAGGGCAGCCAGCUUUCUGUGUCAGAUUUGGUGGAGUUCAUGCGUUGCAGUAGGCUGAGCAGGUAACUUGACCCAAAUGUGAUUAAAUUCACGGCUCCCGCCGGGGCCUCGUAGUGCAGCUGGUUAGAGUGUUGACUGUACUCAAGCUUUGCCCUUGCCAUCGUGGGUUCGGAUCCCAUCGAAGCCGCCAAGUUUUUCACAGUUAGGUCAAAUGGAUUAUUCAAAUCUGCUAAAAACCGAUUGGUAUGUGGCUGAAAUUCGGUCAGAAGGGACUACUUAGAUGAGGUUAUAAUAUUAAUGACAAGGCAGCAUAGUCUCAAGAUAACUCAGCCACGCCGGGAUGCCAGCCUUUGAAGGCGCGUCUGUACGGCCGCGUGCGAGUCAAAUUUGCAAAGAAUGACUGCUGAAGUAGUACGACUUCUUCCGCUGUUGCUCACAUAAACCAAACACAUUAUUAGAGUGCCAGCACAAAAUCACCCCUUCCUGUUAUUAUUUUGUAUUGAAUGACGUUUUCACCAAUACGUGCCCCCAGCAUUGCCACAUCUGCUGGCCUGGUAUUCAAACGACGGCCAUGCGGCCAGUCAGAUGGACUACGUUCUAAUCAGUUCAAGGUUCCGCAGCUGGGUUCAUGAUAACAAGUCAGUACGUAGUGCCAGAAAUGGCAGCACCCAUGGGUCGAAACAUGUUCUCGUUCGCACAUGUUUUCGAGGUCUUAUUGAACACUUGAUAUUUGAAACCAAUGAUGUUUGGGCUCGCCAAAACGCCACAUGUAGUUGCAUACUGCUAAGGCGCACCAAAUAAUUCAGUGGUUUUCCAAAGUACUUCGGCAGGGCUAUGGGAGGGCACUCCACAACACAUGGCAUACCGGCUCGAAUAUGGAGUAUCCUGCAAACCAACAUAAAAAAUGGCAUUCUCUGACACGAUUCAGAUGUAGGUAGAGUCCUACGCAUCGUUUCGGAUUUAUCCUGCCCUCGUUCCCUGACCACAACUCAGAUUCUCGGUAAGAGGGAGAGAAAAGCAUGCGUACUUAACCGUGCUGUUUUAAGUUUGAUCCUUCUGAUGGAUGCAUAAAAUAAUUUCUAACCUCGUCCACAAAAACUUCGGUUCCUACAACAAUGAGAAUUUUUCUCGGCUCCCUCCGCGAGAAGUAGGGUCAGGCUGCGAAGUUUGUUUGCGCAGGUUUUCAGCGCACUGCAACCGGUAUACUAAAUCCAAAGUCCGCCAGUUUGUUGGAUAUUAACACUGGCACCUUUUUGCGCCCGUAGAAGGCGGCCUCACAUCACGUCACCCACUACGUCCGGUCUCGUAUCCAGUCAGUCAGGUUCAGACCUGCCACUGGUCCCUGCAAGAAGAACGUUCGACCCUACUCGGAGCCAGGAUUCACUGUAGACAAGAUAACGCAUCUUGACUUUAUCACGAUGCGCUACUAAUCGUGGAUUAGAUGGGCGCCAACUGGUAGGAAGGCUCACUCCCACUCCUGGUUGAGGGUCGUCAAGUUGCAAAUGCUCCAUUUUUGAUGUUACCCAAAAGGCCCUCGCGCCAGUGUGAUCUCGGUGACCCUUCCUGGAGCCCAGUUCGUACGGCGUUUGGGGCGGGGGGACCUGUGUGGUACGCGUAGGCGAAAAUUCGUCAUCGUCGACCAGUGACUACGCCAACCUCCUCCAGUCGUCUUACCUUGUCUUUCUGUUGGUACAUGACGUGAGUGCGAGAACAGAAUGAAGUAGAGGUUGUAUUGUGCAAAACCCAAUUGUUUAUUAAUGCAGUAGAUUUGACGAGGAUAAGCUGCGUUUAUCUUCAAACUGUUACAUGUGUGUUAGGAUUCACGUGAUUGGAGUUCACAACUACCGUGAGGAGCUUCGCUGCUAGCUGCAAGAGAGGUACUUGUACUUGAUACGGCUGCGAUCAUGCCUGAUCUAGCCGGCCUCGAUGAUGUCCCGAAUUGUACCUCUCCACGCGUGACGAUCCGCGGCAGCAGAUCUAGACAGCUCAACCCAUUCCCUUCGCCAACGACGGAGACCGAAUACCGAAGGUCCAAGAACCACCAUGUCUUGACGGACAGUGUCGAGCCAGGUUUUGAACUGACCCCCUCUUCGACGCCUCCAAUGGGGCAACGGUGCCGGAUCGAGGGCAGUAACACUGAGCUCCUGAGGUGGACGACGAAGAACAUGCCCGAACCACCUCAGUCGUCUUUCUUGGAUGGCCUGAGUUAUCCUCGCGAUGUUGUCGCAGCGAGCGCGGACUAUCUCAUUUGAGACGAAGUCGGUUAACUUCACUCGAAGGAUGAUCCUCAAGCAGUGGUGGUCAAAUACCUCCAGUUUUCGCUCAUCCUCCACGCGCAAAGCCCAGCAUUCGCAACCGUAGAGAAGGACAGACCGGACAUAUGCACGGUACACGCGAAUCUUAGUGGAAAUGGAGAGGUCACUUCGGUUCCACAGGCAUUUCCGAAGGCAUGAAAAAACCCAGCGGGCAGCAUCGAUUCGCGAGACAAUGUCGUCCUUACUCUGUCCAUUAGGCAGCAACCGCGCCCCGAGGUAUUUAAGACUGUCCACUUCUUCAAGUUGACAGCCAUCAAUCCCCAGGGGUGCCUUCUCCUGGUCAGGGAUGCAGCCUGAAAACACUUUGGUCUUCCCAGCGUUUAUGGACAAACCGACCGAUUUAGCGACCUCGUUCACCCGUGACACCGUAGACUGCAGAUCACCAAAACUUGAAGCAAGUAAGGCGAUGUCAUCGGCAUAGUCGAGAUCAGUCAGUCGAUGUUCGGGUGCAAAUUCAACGCCGUCACUGUCGCGUAGGGCCCUCCCGAGGAUCCAGUCAAUAGCGUAGUUGAACAGAAUGGGUAACAGGAUACAACCCUGUCGAACGCCAGACCGAAUACCGAACGGUUGAGAAGAAUUGUUACGGACCAGGACUCUCGCAGUAGUGGAACAAUAGUAGGCCUUGAUCAUGGCGAUUAUUUUUGCCGGUACACCAUCUAGCGCCAUUAUCCGCCACAGGGACUCACGGUGAACGGAAUCGAACGCGGCGGCAAAGUCAACGAAGCAGACGGCCGUCGGUUGUUGGUAGCAAUGGCGAAAUUCGAGAAUGCGCCUCGGUGUGAAUAUCUGAUCUGCGCAUCCACGUCCAGCACGAAAUCCGGCUUGGUUGGGCCUCGUCCUUGCGUCACGCACAGACUUGAAUCGCCUGAGUAGGACAAUAGCGAAGAUCUUCGCAGCAACGUCGAUGAGACUUAUGCCGCGGUAGUUCUCGCAUCUCGUCUUAUCUCCCUUCUUGAGGAUAGGUACAAGGAUGCCUAAGCCCCAGUCAUCAGGAACAACCUCGUCUCUCCACGCUCGUUCAACCACCUCAUGGAGCCAGGGCGCCAGAGUGUCGACACAAGACUUGAAGCUUUCAACCCGUAUACCGUCUUUUCCGGGUGCCUUAUUGUUGAGCUACUUUCGUAUGGCAUCGGCGACUUCUUCCUCGGAGGGGGGAUCGCAUGGUACUGCAUAUGUAGGAGAGGGAAGAAACUCCGCUGAGGAGGAGAACAAGGACGAUGUAGGUUGGGUAUCGAAGUUGAGAUGGUGCUCAAAGUGCUCACGCCAGCGCUCGACUUUGGCCGAGUUGUCAGCAAUAAAGCCGCCGUUCACAUCGCGAACAGAGUCACUCAGUGUAGAGGGCUUACCGCUAACUUGGCGGAUCAGACGGUAGAGCUUUCGAGUGUCACCAACGUUCGAAGCCUGUUCCAUGGAUGUCGCUAUUUCAGCCCAAUAUUGUUUCCGGUCAUCCCUGGCCGAUUUUGCCGUCAUCUUCCGAAGUUGGCGGAAGUAGUCAUCGUUACGGGACCUGGCUCGAUCCGUCUGAGCAGACAACUGCAGGGUUCUUCCGCUGAUCCAGUCACUGCGGCAUCGCUGGGUGUAUCCAAGGAUUUUCUCAGCUGCCCCAUAGACUGAAGUCUUCAGUGACGACCACUGGUUACUGACUUCUCCGUCGGCUCGGGCCGUAAAACAGGUUCGAAUUUCUCUGUUUAGGGCCUCGGCAGUGCUGGCUUGCCGGAUUUUUGCGACAUUGCGGCAUCUAGGACGUGGCAUUUUUGGUGCGGAUGAGAGAUGAACUUUCAGGCGUGUACGGACGAGGACAUGGUCCGACCCAUGGGCGUUACCAGUCUCGGCACCACGCAUCCAUCUGCUAUCGUGAACCCAGCUGCGGAACCUUGAGCUGACUAGUAUGUAGUCAAUCUGACUGGCCGUACGACCGUCGUUUGAAUACCAGGUCAGCAGAUGUUUUUGCGAUGCUGGAAGCAUGUGUUGGUGACAAGCAGUAGGUUUCGAUCAGCGAAGUUCAGCAAUCUCUCACCAUUUUCACAUCGGGAACCAAGCCCAAAGCGGCCAAGAAGAUGACUGGUUGUGGGGUCGCUAGGUCCACUUCGACCAUUCCAAUCGCCAGCAACAAUCAGCAGAUCGCGGCGAGGCAGUCUUUCAACUAGCGCUUGCAACUGAAAGUAAAACGCCUCUUUAUCGCGCUGUUCGGCUGCCGAAGUUGGUGCGUACACAGCGACGAUGGAGAUGUUCGUGAAGUGACCCUUCAGUCGCACGUAGGCCAUCCGGUCAUUUACUGGUGCCCAAGCAAGUAGCGGAAGGUCCGCUUGUUGUGAUAGGGCGAUAGCCACACCGUGUCGACCAGAGGAAUCGCGAGGGCCGCUGUGGUACAGGGUGAAGUGGGAUUCGACUCCCGGGAUCUUUAUUUCACGGGAGCCUGAGUCAGGGAGUCGUACUUUAGACAGACAACAGACAUCCACGUUGUACUGAUGAAGGCUGCGUGCGGUCAGACUUUGGGUGCCAGGGUCCAGGAACGUUCGUACAUUCCAGCAUCCAAUACCGAGUGUCCGUCCACGAUUGAGUAGUCCAGCUCGCAUACUAUUCGCCCGCGCCACUGGAUCAGGGUUGCGGAGCGCGUCGGUCCCCGCGGACGCCGUAGCAUGGGUGGUAGUACUGUGAUCGGACAUGUUUCAUGAGGUUUCUUGGGAAUUUCGAAUACGGGCGGGUCCCCAACAGCCGCUCGGAUUGUUUGUUCGAGGUUGUCUCCUCUAGCGCUUUGGCUUUAAAAAACCUAACCACAAGGCAGCGGUGGCAAGUAAACUUAUUUAAUGGCGGUUUACGGUCGCCAUGUCACAAUGCCGUCAUUGGGCUUUGCGGCAUUUUAUAAGGCUUUCAGCGUGCCAGACUUCAGCCCACCGCACCCUGGUAGCAAUGUCGCUGCUGGUCCGCGACGGCUUAUUCGUCAGACCUGGGUCUGCUUAUUUCGCAGUUAACCUUCACUGAAGGUCGUCCCACUAUCCGCCACCUGUGGACGCGCCGGGUAGCCGGCAGCUAGGCUAACGGGCAACCCGUCUUCCCGUCAUUUAGGAACUAAGUCCACAAUGUGAUCUUCUAAUUGAUUGAGAACCUGAGUCACGGUCGCGGGGGUCACGAAUGGGCAGUCGUUACUGCCGUAAUGCAGGAAGACUAUGAAAUGAAGCCGUACAGGUCGACUCGAUACGGAUCGACAAGACUGGGCACUCUGCAUGCAACAGUGCACGGGAUUCUAAGAACUCACCUUUCGAGUCGUCCCCAGUGUACCGAUUUCUGCAUUCUAGAUUUUCGAUUUCACGCGGACUUUAUAAUCACCCUGUAUGGGCUUUGUAAAACACCAGAAAUAAUAUGAACCAUUUAGGUGGUUUAAAGAAGUCGCCUGUGCAAGACCAGCAUGCCGAUAGGUGCGUAGGUCGACAUGAUUCAGUCUUCCAACUGCCCCGAAGAACGGGUCUCCUAUCAACAAGGAUGUGACUGAAGCAACUGGUUGCACUUUUUGCCUUCGUGGAUCAGUCGCAGCCAAGAAGAUGGGGACUUUCGACCCGAGUUCAGUUGGCCAUUAAGCUUAAUGCUAUCAAUUAAUUCACGGUAUCGCGCUUCAUCGGUGGUGAGUGUGAAUAUCCAAAGUCGCAUUGGUUCCGCGAGUUUCGUCAUCUGACGAGUUGCCUUCUCCCUCGAAUAGGACCUCCACUCAUUAUUAAUAUUAGUAUCAUCAGUCAGUGCUCGUGUAAAUACAGAGACGAGGUGGCGGGGUGUCAUGAAGUGCGUCUGCGCAACACCUGACGCAGUACCCUCCGUCCGAUAAAUCUCCUGGCAUGUUCCUCGGAAGGGCGGUCAGCAAACGCCUCAACAAGCGGGAUUACGUUAUAAGGGAUGACUUAGUCACUGCCGUUUGGAAAUUGACCAUUUGGCAUAGUUUGCCUAACAGGUCAGUUUCACUGUCCACUAGACAGUUAUUCUCAUAUUCAGGCGUUCAAGGCUGCAUGGUAAAGACGUGGCAGACCACAUCACUGUCGGCACCGAACCCCGCCCGGGCCCAUGGUAACCAUUUUCACUGAUUUUACCGAUGCAUCAUUUUCCAACUAUGCUUCCUCCGCUCAUGUCCUUUAAUCUGCUACUUUACUGUGGCUAGCUCAUUGGGCAACUCUGUGAUGCUCAUGUUUGUAGAAUGUCGAGGGAGUCGUGUGCGUGAAUCCUGGUUUCGUCUCUCGCACGGCGGGCAACGGAAGCUACGCUCGCCUGGUGCUCUCCCACGGCUCGCCUCCUGUGACCGUUGAUGACCGCUCCAACCCGGAUGUCACAGACGAUGCCCUGCUGACUGUGGAGCCCCAAUUAGAGCCAACGAGACAGCAACCAAUCAGCGCAGAGGGCGAGGUCGUCCAACUCUAG